AUUUUAUCAAAAGUUUUUUAUUAUUUUGCCAAUGACAAGUAAUAAAUACAGUAUUAUUUCAUCAUAAAACAAAAAAAUGUUUUUCAUGUGUUAUGUGAAAAUUGUUUUAAUGAAAAACAUGUUUAAUAGAAAAUGGAUAAAAAAUUAAGACUUCAUCAUGAUCGAAAAAUAAUCAACAAUACAACCAGUGCGGUUAGUUGAUUAAUGAGAAAAAAGAGAAGACUUAUUGAAUGAAGCAUAUGCCAAGUAGUCUUCACUACACUAAUUGUGAUUCGAUUCGAAUCAAAUUGAAUACAUUUGCGAGAGGUAUAGUACCUCUCACAGAUGUGCCAUGGCAUCAGCCGCGGGAGCGGCAGAUCUGCGUUCAACUAACGUAUCGGUGACUGCAAUCAAUGUGGACAACACCGACUAUUAUAAAACAAGUAGUACAUCAUCAAUAAAUGGAGUCACCGUAAAUAUAACUGACAGUGGUUCAAGUGUUGAACGAUCUUCCUUAAAUGAACAACAUAGUGGAGUUUUGACUCAGCAUAGUAGAGGAAAGGAUACAGUUAACGUUAAUGUUAUUACAGAACAUUCGACUUCGCGAUCUACCUUAAAUAGACAUAGUGAUUCUGAUUCAGAAGUUGCACAAAUCGACUUUCAGAGUACAAAUGUCAAUUUACGACCUAAAAAUGGAGAAGGAAAGAAGCCAGAAAUUCCUCGACCGAUGUCAUGGGAGGGUGAAUUAUCAGAUGGUGAGAGUACAAUGUGUAUUGACGAAGAUUCAAUACAUUUAAUUGAAAAUACACAAUAUAUAAUACCAGAAAACUUAAGUACCGCUUGUAAUAUAAGUACUAAACAUCAAUCAUCACAACAACCAUUCACACCCUUAUCAUCAAAUCCAACAGCUGUACGUUUAAAACAACCUGCACCACCGCCUCCGCCCGUGGGUGGUUACUCAUUACAUAGUACACCAUCCCAUUCACCGUUAUUAAGCCAACGGCCCUUGGGUCAUCGUCAAUUGAAUGUACCUCCAACGCCCAGUCCUGAUUCAGCUAUUCAUUCUGCAUACAGUGUAUUUAGUUCACCCAGCCAAUCUCCAAUAACACAAAGACAUGUCACAUCCUCACUAUCAAGAAAUAAUAGUGACGCAUCGCAUUCCAGUUGCUGCAGCUAUUCGAGUGUUUCUGUUUCGCCAACGCAACAAUUUUCUCCUACACAUUCCCCCAUUCAGGGCCGACAUACACAACAUAUACACAGUAGUCCGUUACAUCAUAAUGCAAUAUAUAGAAGUAUACAAGAUAUUGAACAUGCAAGUCUGUAUGGAACCCCAAAUCACAGACAUAGCAGCAAUGAAUUGAAUGGUGAAACUGAUAUAGGGCAACUUGAUGAAAUUGAUGAUAAAACUGGUAUUUCGCAAUCAACAUUACAAAAUACCCAGGGUAUAUCCAGGCAGCAAUUAAUUAACAGCCCUUGUCCAAUAUGUGGUGAUAAAAUUUCGGGCUUUCAUUACGGAAUAUUUAGUUGUGAAUCUUGUAAAGGAUUUUUUAAACGUACUGUUCAAAAUCGUAAAAAUUAUGUGUGUUUACGUGGUGCCUUGUGUCCAGUCACAGUUACAACACGAAAAAAAUGCCCAGCAUGUAGAUUUGAUAAAUGUUUACAAUGUGGCAUGAAAUUAGAGGCAAUACGUGAAGAUCGUACAAGAGGUGGAAGAUCUACGUAUCAAUGUUCAUAUAGUAUACCCCCAUCAUUGGCUGGAUUAAGUGAUUUACAGGCAAGUCCUGGCAGUUUAGGUUCUGUUAAGUUAGAACCAACUGACAUAUCAAAUUCAAGUUCACCAUAUUCGUCUCAAAAACGCCUUGCGGUUCCAUCAUUAUUACAGGAAAUAAUGGAUGUGGAACAUUUAUGGCAUUAUAAUGAAGUAGAAUUAACAAAAUUGAGUAAUGAAAGAUCAUUAGGCAGGACAUCAGCAUCAGGUGGUUCCAGUAAUCCAGUUGUUGGUUUAUCAACAAAUCCAUUACUCAUGAAUACAAAAUUAGCUGCAAAUGCUAAUGAUGAAACAAAUUCUGAUUUCUUACAAAAUUUGUGCAAUAUUGCUGAUCAUAGACUUUAUAAAAUUGUCAAAUGGUGUAAAAGUUUACCGCUGUUUAAAAAUAUUUCUAUUGACGAUCAAAUUUGUUUGUUGAUAAAUUCAUGGUGUGAAUUAUUAUUAUUUUCAUGUUGUUUUCGGUCAAUUUCUACGCCAGGUGAAAUAAAAGUUUCACUUGGCAAAAGUAUUAAUCUCGCGCAGGCACGUGAGAUGGGUUUACAAGCAUGUAUAGAGCGUAUGUUAAAUUUUACAGAACAUUUACGACGAUUACGUGUCGAUAAAUACGAAUAUGUUGCAAUGAAAGUGAUUGUGUUACUUACUUCAGAUGCAUCUGAAUUAAGAGAACCUGAAAAGGUACGUGCUUCACAAGAAAAAGCACUGCAAGCCUUACAAGCAUACACAUUAGCGCACUAUCCAGAUAGUCCUGCAAAAUUUGGUGAAUUACUUUUACGAAUUCCUGAUUUACAACGAACUUGUCAAGUCGGCAAAGAAAUGUUAUCUAUAAAAUCAAAAGAAGGCGAAGGUCCCAGUUUCAAUUUACUGAUGGAAUUAUUGCGUGGUGAUCAUUAA